AUGUCCCAAACAAACAUUUCUUCCGAUGGUGGCAAUAUAGAACUAGGUGCUAGCUUACUCAUUAGUGGUAGCAAAUACAACAAGAUAUGGCGUAAAAGUUUAUACGUGGGAUUCAUGAUCUCCUUGAAGAAGCCUACAACUUUUAGUAGCAACUAUGAAGAAUCUACAUCAUCAUUACUGUCCGGUUCAUUGCAUCGUAGUCCUCCUGCUAGAACAUCAUCAGCCAAAUCUUUUGUUUCAAUUGAUGUAAUCUCUCGUGUCCAAAAGGAGCGAGAAGAAGACGACAUGGUAGAAGAACGUGUUAGGACUGAUAUUGAUAGAAUUGUGAAGGAGAAGGACCUGAAAUCUCUUGUUGAACUUGGUGGAGUUGGUAGAGUUUGCCAUGUUCUUCAUGGUCAAUCUCAACACUCAUCAGAGGAGAUCGUUGAGAACCUUGGAGCAACCUUCUCUGGGUUUCUUUGGAAAAGCUGCAAGCAAAAUCUUUACACAAUUUCAAUGCUGUCGAUUUCAGCCUUAUUAUCCUUUGCCAUAGAGUUUAAACAGGAGGGGCCUAGAUAUGGUUGGCAUGAUGGUGUUGCUAUGGUUUUUGCUGUUUUCCUUCUGCUUGCAUUCUCUUCAAUAACUAGCUUUUGGCGCGAAAGAAAAACAAUCAAGUUGGCAAAGAAAAAAGGUGAAGCAAUGAAAUUCAAUGUCAAAAGACAUGAAGUUGAUCUUACUCUUUCCAUGUAUGAUAUUGUGGUGGGUGACAUGGUGUGUUUGAGUCCUCAUUAUGAGGUUCCUGCUGAUGGUUUGCUUUUGAGUGGUGACAAUCUUAUGUUGGCUGAGGGAAUGAAAAAUGAAAGAAUUGAUUGCGAAGCGAACCCGUUUCUUGUGGCCGGUUCAAAGGUGAUUGAAGGUCAUGGAUGGAUGCUUGUGACAUCAAUUCGAAACAAAUCAAACUCGGCUGAUAUCAAGAGAUGCCUUUUGGAAAAUCGAAUUGAGAAGCCAAUUUCAUACCUUGACAAAGUUUCUCUUUUUAUCUUUACACUUGUUGCACUUGUGUUGUUCAUUCGUCUAAUUUGUAAAAAAGACAUUGAUGAUGGCGGACUUCCAGAUAUUAAAGGGAGUAAUGUUUCAGUUAGCAUGUUAACAAAACUCCUUGAAGAUAUUUUUUCAAGGCCACAGGGAAGGAUUGAAAUUUUAGCACGUCUUUUUAGUGUUAUAGUACUAUGUGUGCAACAUGGAGUACCAUUGAUGAUUCCCUUAUCUCUCCAUUACCAAAAUGAUGAAGUACUGAUUAAUCAAGAGGUUGUUCUUAAUGAUUUGUCAGCUUGUACAACAAUGGGGUUGGUAAAUGUCAUAUGCAUCGAUGUAUCUGGCGGUGGACUAAUAUUUAAGCCGAUGGAGGUUGGUAAAAUAUGGAUAGGGGAAGGAGAGACAGACGUGAACAAUAUUCAGGGAUCGGGAACAUGUCAAGUUGUGCUAGAGAAGCUUAAACAAGGAGUUUGUUUAUCAGUUCUUGCACCAGAACUAUCUCCUCAUGUGUCUAACUCCCUUGUUUCUUGGGCAACAAGAAAAUUGGAAAUGGACAUUAUAUCUUUUAGAGAAAAUUUUCAUAUUCUUAAGCAUGGAAAAUUGGAUUCUAACCAAGAGGGCAGUGGAGUUUUGGUGAGAAAAGUAAGUGCCAAUGAACAAGAUAUGCACUUGCACUGGAGUGGGGAUGCAUCCAUAAUGCUGGAAAUGUGUUCACAAUACUAUGAUAGUGAAGGAAGAUGUCAUUCCAUUGAAAAUCAGAAAAUCAAAUUCGGGCAAGUGAUUCAAGAAAUGGAGAGUAGUGACCUUAAACCAUUUGCAUUUGCUUAUAGACAAACACAGGUGCAAGAACUCAAGCAAGACGAGAUGACCUUAUUAGCACUAAUAGGUCUCAAAUACAAAUGUCAAGAAUCGACAAAAAUGGCUUUGAAAACCCUUCAAAAUAAUGGAAUACAUAUCAAAUUGGUCUCAGAGGAUGAUGACAUCAUGACACUGAGUGACAUGGCUUGUAAACUGGGAAUGGAAGUGUCGAUAGACGGUGGUCACCUUGAAGGAGAGCAAAUUCGUGAUUUGGAUGACAAAACCAAAUUGGUUAAAGUGGAUAAAGCCAUUGCAAUGGGAAGCUUCAGUCCUAAAGACAAGAUUCUCAUGGUAAAGUGUUUGCAAGAGAGAGGUGAUGUGGUUGCAUUUAUUGAACAAAGAUUGAUGACUAAUCAUAUUUCAGACGUUCUAAAGCUAGUUGAUGUAGGGAUAAUUCAUAACUCAUUAAGCAGAAUAAUCGACACAAAAGAGAGUUGUGAUAUAUGUAUCACAUGUUUCAGUGCAUUGGAAACAAUCGUGAAGGUGGGAAGAAGUAAAUAUCACAAUAUUCAAAAUUUCAUUCAACUUCAGCUGACAAUUGGUAUAUCAGGGUUACUCAUAACCUUGAUUACAACAAUUCUCACAGGAAAUUCUUCCCUAACAGCAGCCCAAUUGAUUUGGGUGAAUACACUAAUGUGUCCUCUGGGUGGCCUAAUGAUGGUGAUGGAAUUAAGUAGCGAGGAAGAGCUUGCCAAACAACCAUCUAAUAGGAAUCAGUCAAUAAUAACAAAGAAAAUGUGGAAAAAUAUAAUUUUUCAGAUUUUCUAUCAGGCUUCUGCUUGCAUGAUACUUGAAUUCGGGGGACAUGUAACUGACAGUGAAAAGCAAAUAAGGAAAGUCAUGAUCUUCAAUACAUUCUUUUUAUGCCAGAUCUUCCAUCUGCUCAAUAUCAUGGAUUUAUUGAAAAUACAAGUUUUCAAGGUUGAUGUACAGAAGUAUUGUUUCUUAAUGGCAUUAGGUUGUUGUUUUGUUUUGCAUAUUGUGAUAAUUGAGUAUGCAAAAAGCCUAGCAGAUUGCAUUCAUCUGAAUGCUACUGGAUGGGCUAUAUGUGUUCUACUUAGUUCUGUUUCAUGGGUACCUGAAUGGACCUUGAAGAAGAUUAUUUCAGUUUUUUUUAACACCAACUUUACUUCACCCUUGGACUCAUCAGAAUCUACCCCACAACCUUUGUUCUAUCUUUAUUUGGGACUUCCCGCUAUGAUGCUUCUUUUAUUCCCUCUAGGACUAGUAGGUAUGAAAUUUCAUUGA